CCGGAAAAUGCGGUUUCGACCAGACAAGGUUUAGUUGUUUAUAUCACGUUUGGAAGUUUUCCUAUUUUGGUACCAAACAUGAAUGAGUGAUACUAUCAAGAAGCAGAAGGAAAAAUUAGAAUGGACAACAUAUCAGGUGUGAUAUCGGGGCUCUUCGAGUCGGCCACUCCAUACAAGAACCAGAAGUACAGCCACCUAAAGAAGGAAUGCAUCAGUGCUGGGAAACUUUUUGAGGAUCCAGUUUUUCCAACAGUGGCCAGUUCUCUGUCCUACACUGGAUAUGCACCCCGAGACAUUGUCUGGAAAAGACCAGGGGAAAUAGCCAGUGAUCCAAAGUUUUUCGAUGAGGGUGCGAGCGCUGAUGACUUUGCCCAAGGAUCCCUGGGAAACUGUUGGUUUGUGGCCGCCUGCGCUUGUAUUGCCGAGGAUAAGUCGUUGUUGAAAAAGAUUGUGCCUGACUAUGAGGAACAAGAGUGGAGCAAGGAUAACAAGUAUGCUGGGAUAUUCCACUUCCGAUUCUGGCAGAUGGGGGAGUGGAUUGAUGUUGUCAUUGAUGACCGUCUCCCCACCAGACAUGGAGAACUAGUUUACGUACAGUCACGCAGCAAAAACGAGUUCUGGUCUGCCCUUCUAGAGAAAGCUUAUGCAAAAAUUUUUGGAGAUUAUGAGUCGUUGAAAGGGGGACAAGCCAAGGAUGCAAUGGUGGACAUGACGGGAGGAGUAGGGGAGGCACUCGAGCUGAGGGACUACACAAAGACAGAAGAGGACAAGCUCAAGUUGUUCAAAAUUCUCCGCAAGUGCAAGGAGCAUCACUCCCUCAUCAGUGCUGCAAUACCGGUGACCAGUGCCAAUGAUAUGGAGGCUCAGUUAUCUUGUGGGUUGGUCAAAGGCCACGCCUACAGUGUCAAUGCAGUGAAGAAGGUCAGACUGGGGAAGGGCCUUAUGUCCCACUUCAACAAGGAGAAAAUCCUGAUGAUCCGCUGCCGUAAUCCAUGGGGCGGGACCGAGUGGAAAGGAGCUUGGAGUGAUGGAUCACCUGAAUGGGAGAAAAUCAGUUCCAGUGAGAAGAAAGACAUGGGUCUUACAUUUGAUGAAGAUGGAGACUUUUGGAUGACCUUUGAUGACUUCCUGACCUACUAUACAUCGAUGGACAUUUGCCACAUUGUGAACACAUCCUUAAUUACUUUCCACAAAUCCUGGAAGGAAGGCAAGGCAUUUGGAGAGUGGAAGAAGGAUAAGUGUGGAGGAUGCCCCAAUUAUAACACAUUUCUUAAAAACCCGCAGUUUGUUUUUGAUGUUGAAUUGGAAGAAGAUGAAUUGAUGGUAUCAUUGGAACAAUGGGACAAACGAAUAGAUCGUGAACUCGGAAAAGAAAAUGAUACUAUAGGCUUCUUCAUUAUGAAGGCUGAUAUCAACAGGAAGUAUCGUAUGCACGAUAAAUUAGAGAAGGUCCAUUCAGGAACCUACAGCAAUGCCAGAAAUCAGUUCUCCCGCCUAACCUUAAAACAAGGAAGAUACUGCAUAAUACCCUCUACAUUUGAACCCAACUGUCCAGGAAGAUUCCUGUUAAGAGUGUAUGCUGACAAAAAUCCAGAUCUAAAAGAGCUUUAUUUGGAUGAACCUCCACCACCUAGUUCUGGGUUUUUGGGAAUUGGAUCAAAGAAACCAAAAGUGGCAGCAACACAAAUAAUGAUUCUCAAAGCCGAGGGUUUAGAAGUCCAGGAUAAAGAUGGGUUUUCCGAUCCCUAUUGCGUUGUCUUCUGUGAGAAGAAAAAAGUCACAACUCCGGUAAUAAGGAACAAUAUCAACCCCGAGUUCAAUGAGCGCAUUACGGUCUACCACAGGAAGCCCGAUGAGGACAUCACUGUUGAGAUCUGGAAUUUGAACAUGAUGAGGGAUCGCUUUAUGGCUAUGUGUACAAUCAAGAUGUCAGAGAGAUCUAAGUUUGAUGGCCACCACGUCUUCAGAUACGAGCUGUUCGGCAAGGAUAAAGAGGCAUCGGUCCAAAAACCGGGAACGCUUUGGCUUCGACUGCUCCACACUACCGACAUGACCAAAGUAUAAUCACCGGCCGCUGGAGUGUUUUCUGGUUCUCCUUUGGCUGGUGGAGUCCUGUAUGUGAGCCCUAAUCACUAUGAGACUUCUUUUCAAUAUCACUUCAAGUCUUCAUUCAAAGUAACAUACUCUGCACUGAGAAUUUUAUCAGAUUAGUAAAGGCUGAAUCAGCUAGGGGGAUAAAAUCUUGUAUAAAAACGAAGACAUUUUAUUUUUGAUCUCUCUAUUAUUUAAUAAAAUAGCUUUAAUAGUUGAUAAUUACCAUAGUGCCUUCUAGAUAAUAGAUAGCUUUAUCAUUAUAUUUUUACAUGUAUUAAGGAAAAACCUUUUUGUCUGGCACAACUUCUUUAGAUUUGGUCCAGAAUUUUUUUAUGUGUGGAAAAAAUCUAAUGUACAAGAAGGAUUCUUCUCCUUAAUUGGUACUCGAAAUCUUAGGAAUGAGGUUAAAUUUUUUCCAUAUAUUUAUUAAAACCAAGGGAAAAAUCUAUUUACUGGUAUGUAUGAACUCUGAUUUUGAGAGAUAUGGAUGCAUUGGAUGGACUGAUAAUUAUAAACAUCUUCUGUACAUGUACACUGUAAAACAUCGAAAAUAUAACGAUGACCAAUAAAUAUACCUCAUCCUAAGAAUAUAGCAAUUACAAUGUAAUAUACCGAUACCAUUAAACAUACACAAAAGAGUUUUAAGAAAAAUGUCUCAAAGUAAGUCCUUUUUGUCGAGUUUGUAAUUUAUCCCUACUGUUGGGUGCUCUUUUACACCUUAUAUAUAUAUAUAUAUAUACAUGUAUACUAUAUUUAUAGAGGUUGUGCAAAACUGUGUAACCAUGGCAUUUGUGUUAGAUUUUGUCUUUUUAAAUUAUACUGAUGCAUACUUUUUAUGAAAUAAGAACAAAAUUUAUUUUAUAUUUUUGUACCUAAUCUUGGACAAGUUUAUGUAUACUUGCACAUGUUUAUUCUAAUCAAACAAAAUAUUUUUGAAGAUCUAGUUUUUGUAAGUGUACAUUUAUGUACCAGUUCAUGUGCGAGAACUCAGUACGAUACCGUGUUUUGUUGAAUAGACAAGUUAAUUUGAACAGCAAAUGUUUCCUUGGAUGUGAUGACUACCAAUAUACGGGGUACUCCAAAUUAAAUAUCUCCAACAUUCUGUAUGCAUGAGAUAUACAUCCACUUGUAUAUGGCCAGAUACUGGUAAAUCGAUUCAAGUAAUUUAACGUAGGCCCAGAAAAAAGAUAGCUUGGAUUUUUUGAAAUUCUGUACUGGUGUUUAAUGAAUGCUCAAAUCUUUAUGCAUUUGGAACGCACAAAAAUUAUCUUAUGAGCUAAUUUAUAGGUUAUAUAUAUAUUGUACAUUAUACUGCAAAGCUUGAUUUAUAAGCUGAGCUGUUCCAUAGCAUACUAUGGUUUGAUGUUAAAGCUAAAAUAUUCAUGACUGUUCAAUAUCCUGCUGUUUUAUACUCUAUGUUAACAUCUAGUCAAAUAAAAGAUGAAAGCUUGAA